AUGGAAAACGCAUUUGCAAAGCCGACCGACAAGGUCCUCUCGACUCUUGGAGUGAGCGCUGCCGCCGGCCUCAGCGACGAGCAGGUCGUCGACUACAGGUCCAAGUACGGCAAGAAUGCGAUCCCCGAAGAGCCUCCUACGCCUCUCUGGGAACUCAUCCUGGAGCAGUUUAAGGACCAAUUGGUCCUGAUUCUGCUUGGAUCUGCCGCAGUCUCCUUCAUUCUCGCCCUCUUCGAGGAGGAGGGUGGCUGGAGCGCAUUUGUUGACCCCGCCGUUAUUCUCACUAUCUUGAUUCUCAAUGCCGUCGUCGGAGUCUCGCAAGAGAGCAGUGCCGAAAAAGCUAUCGCCGCCCUCCAGGAAUACUCCGCAAACGAGGCAAAUGUCGUCCGAAAUGGCGGACAGGUCUCCAGGGUAAAGGCGGAAGAUCUUGUGCCAGGCGAUAUUGUAUCCGUCGCUGUUGGUGAUCGUAUUCCCGCAGACUGCCGUCUCAUCUCCAUCGAGAGCAACAGUUUUGCCGUUGACCAGGCUAUUUUGACUGGUGAAAGCGAGAGCGUGGGCAAGGACGGCAGUGCUGUGGUCGACGACGACAAGGCUGUGCUCCAGGACCAGAUCAACAUGUUGUUCUCCGGCACUACCGUUGUGACAGGUCGCGCCAAAGCUGUGGUUGCCCUGACCGGCUCAUCUACUGCCAUUGGUGAUAUCCAUGAGAGUAUCACUGCUCAGAUCUCGGAGCCUACUCCCCUGAAGCAGAAGUUGAACGAUUUCGGCGACACUCUUGCCAAGGUCAUCACUGUCAUUUGCAUUCUCGUUUGGUUGAUCAACAUUCCGAACUUUAAUGAUCCUUCUCACGGAAACUGGACCAAGGGCGCCAUCUACUACCUCAAGAUCGCCGUCUCUCUGGGCGUUGCCGCGAUUCCAGAGGGUCUCGCUGUGGUUAUCACGACAUGUUUGGCGCUCGGCACCCGCAAGAUGGCCGCUAAGAACGCCGUCGUUCGCAGUCUGCCUUCCGUUGAGACUCUAGGAAGCUGCAGCGUGAUCUGCUCUGACAAGACUGGCACCUUGACAACGAAUCAGAUGAGCGUCAACAAAGUUGUGUACAUCAAUGAAGAUGGCUCUGAUUUGGAGGAACUUGACGUCCAAGGAACUACUUUCGAGCCCAAGGGCGACAUCACCUACAAGGGUAAAGUUGCCAUUGAUCUGGCCCAGAAAUUCAGCACCAUCUGCCAAAUGACUGAGGUUGCUUCGCUUUGCAAUGACGCUCGCCUUGCCUAUGAUUCCCGGUCCGGUACCUUUUCAAGCGUUGGCGAGCCUACUGAAGGCGCACUUCGAGUCCUCGUUGAGAAGAUUGGGCCCUGCGCACCCAAGGAGGCUCAUCCUGAGGACCGUGUUCACUACGCCAGUGCCUGGUACGAGAAAAAAUUCACCAGGCUCGCAACCUAUGAGUUCUCCCGCGACCGCAAGAGCAUGUCAGUCCUUGUUAAGAACGGCAAAAAUAAGAAAUUGCUGGUUAAGGGCGCCCCUGAGUCCAUCAUCGAACGCUGCAGCCACGCCCUCGUCGGAGCGGACGGCAAGAAGAAGCCUCUGGAUGCCAAGUUGUCUGCUCUUAUCCACCGUGAAGUCACAGACUACGGUAACCGUGGUCUGCGUGUUAUUGCGCUGGCCAGUGUCGAGGAUGUCGGCUCCAACCCCCUUCUACAGAACGCCAAGUCUACCGCUGAAUAUGCCAAACUCGAGCAGAACAUGACUCUCUUGGGUCUGGUCGGCAUGCUUGACCCCCCGAGACCGGAGGUUGCUGCAUCCAUCGAGAAGUGCAAGGACGCUGGUAUCCGUGUUAUCGUCAUCACUGGAGACAACCGCAACACCGCAGAGAGCAUUUGCCGCCAAAUUGGCGUCUUCGGCGAGUAUGAGGAUCUUACAGGCAAGAGCUAUACGGGCAGAGAAUUCGACAAUCUUACUCCUAGUGAACAGCUUGAGGCAGCAAAGAAGGCCUCUCUGUUCUCUCGCGUCGAGCCAAGCCACAAGUCUAAACUGGUUGACCUCCUCCAGUCCCUUGGUGAGGUUGUCGCCAUGACAGGAGACGGAGUCAACGAUGCACCUGCUUUGAAGAAGGCAGACAUUGGCGUUGCUAUGGGCUCUGGUACCGAUGUCUCAAAGCUCGCUGCUGACAUGGUGUUGGCCGAUGACAACUUUGCCACUAUUGAAGUCGCUAUCGAGGAAGGCCGAUCCAUCUACAACAACACCCAGCAGUUCAUUCGUUACCUCAUCUCUUCCAACAUUGGUGAGGUCGUCUCGAUCUUCCUGACAGCCGCACUUGGCAUGCCUGAGGCUCUCAUCCCUGUCCAACUUCUCUGGGUUAAUCUUGUUACUGAUGGUUUACCGGCUACUGCCCUGUCUUUCAACCCGCCUGAUCAUGAUAUCAUGAGAAGGCAGCCCAGAAAGCGCGACGAAGCUCUCAUUGGAGGAUGGCUCUUCUUCCGAUAUCUGAUCAUUGGCACCUAUGUUGGUUUGGCCACUGUGGCCGGAUAUGCCUGGUGGUUCAUGUACAAUCCCGAGGGACCUCAGAUUACUUUCUGGCAGCUCUGCCACUUCCACCGUUGCUCGUCCGAUUUCUCCGAGAUUGGGUGCCAAAUGUUCGGUAACGACAUGGCCAAGUCAGCGUCCACCGUUUCACUCUCUAUACUCGUCGUUAUUGAGAUGUUCAAUGCCAUGAACGCUCUUUCGUCGAGCGAGUCACUCCUGACCCUCCCUCUUUGGGACAACAUGAUGCUCGUCUAUGCCAUCGGCCUGUCAAUGGCAUUGCAUUUCGCACUGCUCUACACUCCGUUCUUGCAGACUCUGUUCUCGAUUCUGCCCCUGAACUGGAUCGAGUGGAAGGCGGUGCUUAUCAUCAGUGCCCCUGUCAUUCUGAUUGACGAGGUACUGAAGUUCGUCGAGAGACAGUUCUUCGUACAGAACAGCACCAAGGAGGCUACGGAUGUUGCUAAGAAGGGGCAAUAG